GGGGAGCGGGCGGGCGCGGCCCGGCCCGUGCUGCGCUCUGUCAACACGCGGGAGCUCUCCGAGGUCGUGUUCAACAACCACAGCCCCCGCUGCGUGCUGCCCGUCUGGCUGGACUUCGAGGGCCAGCCGCGCGGCUACCCGGUGCUGCAGCCGCGCAGCGGGCGCGUCAUGCGCAGCUACCGGGGGCACCUCUGGCUGUUCCGGGAUGCAGGGACCAACGACGGGCUGCUCGUCAACCAGCAGGAGCUGUUCGUGGCAGCCCCCAAUGUGACCAAAGCUGACAUCACACUGCCAGUGUUCACCCUGAAGGAGAGGUGUCUGCAGGUCGUGCGCAGUCUGGUCAGCCCCCUGGACUACAGGAAACUGGACAUUGUUCAGUCCUUAUAUGAAGAGCUGGAGGAUCAUCCUGAUAUUUGGAAGGAUCUUAAGCGGCUUUCUCUGGAGAGAAAUGAAGCACUGAGGAACAAAACUAUGGAAACACAUGAUGACUCACCUCAGACUCCUCAGUAGCAAACCACUGAGUCUGAGCAGCAGGAGUCCCCAGGAAACACCAAGAACUGAUGGCUCCGUUUAAAGUUUUGAAACAUAAACUCAGUAACAUCGGUGAUAGUCAAAUCAAUACUCAAAGACUGAGCACAGCUGGAGGCAUGCUGGGUUCUGAUGGUUCAGUUCAUUUCUUCAUUACAAGUAUUGCAAACUGUAGGGUCAGG